CAAGCUGGUAGUCAGGUGUAAAGAUAGUCUGGUACUAUCAUGGCCGAAGAAGACUACUUUCUCCCCUGUUGUUGUGUCAACAUCAGUUAAAUGUAGCGAUGGUCGACAACCGUCCUGAAUGGGUCAAAACAAGACACGCAGCCAAACCAUGGAUUACCUGAUUUACCACAAGCUGAUGAUGUCACGUCCUUUUUUCAGUGCACACGUUGUGACAAUUUGUCCCAGGAUGAGGAGAGGUGUUAGGGUGGCACUGCUUUUGCUGCUGUCUGCAGCUGUAGAGUCCAACAGCAUGUCUCCGCCAGGGAAACCAGUCCUGCUUGGCUGCAGGUCCCCUGAGAAGGAGACGUUUACCUGCUGGUGGGAACCAGGCUCCGAUGGAGGGCUGCCCACCACACACCGCCUGUAUUACGAGAGAGAAAGACUGGAGGGAACGUACGAGUGUCCGGACUACCGGUCGGCAGGGAGGAACUCCUGUUUCUUUGACAAGAACCACACCUCCAUCUGGGUAGACUACUACCUGACAGUAAUGGCCUCCAAUGCUCUUGGGAAUGCCACCUCCGACACCUUUAAGAUGGACGUAAUGGAAAUCGUGAAGCCUGAUCCUCCUGAAAAUGUAACGCUGCUGGUGGAGAAGAGGGAGUACAGUUCAUAUCUCCAUGUCAGAUGGGAGCCUCCCUCUAACACGGACACCAAGUCUGGCUGGGUUACCAUUAAAUAUGAACUAAGAGUCCACCAAGAAAACAGCAACAAGUGGAAGGAGUACAUGUCAGGUACACAAACUCAUUUCAGCCUAUACGACGUCAGCCCUGGGGUGGUGUACACGGUGCAGGUGCGCUGCAAACUAGACCAUGGCUCCUGGAGCAAGUGGAGCAACAAUACCUGGGUGAAAAUCCCUAACUAUCUUCGGAAUGAGGGACCAGUUUGGAUAUUGGUUUCUAUCCUCUCUGCAAUUCCAUUUAUAACAGCAGUGUGUAUCUUGAUCACGAAGAGGAAAUUUGUGAAGCGGUGUGUUCUGCCCCCUGUUCCUGGUCCAAAGAUAAGAGGAGUUGAUGCUCAACUUCUCAAGAGUGGGGGAUCAGAAGACAUUGACAAUGCACUGAUCGUCAACCAGAGCUUUCCUCCUAUGGUGGCCUGGAAGGACCAGAUUGAAGAGUACCUAAUUGUGACUGAAAAUGAUGAUGGGCUUCCCACCAAUUCUCAAAAAAGGAAGAAAAGCUUGAUUAUUCCUGCUGCCUUCCACUUAGACUUGGAAAUCCACCGUAAGGAGUCAACCUCCAACCAAAAUGACUGGGAGAAGUCUGAGGAAAGAAAUAAUGAACAAGAUAACACCAUCAAAGCCUUUACAAAGAGCAGUUAUGUGGAUAUUCAGAGACAUGUGGAAAACAUACAGGGGGUGGAUGUGAAACAGGUGGACUACAGCACAGUGGAAGAGGUCAACGGUGCAAAUGUUCUCAUCUUCAAUAUAGAAAACGUCCCAUUUAAGAGCUCUGGCUACAUGGAUCUUCAGGAACGGGAACACAUACCAAAGGAGUACAGCAGGGUGAAAAAGGUGGAAAAUGACAAUGUGGUCUUCCUGCAGAAACAAAAUGCAUCACCUAACACUUCCUGUAGAGAGAAGGGAAACCACUUCACAGACUGUCCCCUUCAGAAUCCAAUAAAACCUCAUGUGUGCACAGAACUCAUCGAUAAUGGAUAUGUAGAUACCACACCUGCACCACCUUCAAUGUAGAGUUUUACUUCGUACGCUGUCAUUUUGGUGUCCAGUGGAGGGCAGUUCUUGUGAUAUCAAGUUGAAUGUCUCAUGUCCAUGUGAUGGAUUGUCAUGACAUUUAAUACAGACAUUUAUGUUCUCCAUAGGAUGAAUCUGCAUAACUUGACAUGAGGUUGACAUUUUUGGUUUUGAGUUAAAUAUUUUGAUAUCUUGUACU